UUUUGACUCCAUUUAGUGGUUUAAAUCGUUCUCAACGAGUAUAUAAACCGAGACAACUUUUGUAGCAGCACUACGGAUACGGCAAACCAACACAAAGAUGAAGUUUGUGGCACUUCAUCUUUCCAUCCUCGUGGUCUGCGCAGUGGGUGCUUACUCAAAGGAUGUCGCUGAAGAGAUCAAGGCAGCUGAAGUAAAAGCAGUGCCUGAAGCCAGAAGUGCAGAUCUCGCCUUAGCUUUAGGAGCAGGGAAGACAGCAUUCAAUGCUGACGGCUCCUAUGAAAAGACUUACAAUCUGCCUGGCAACCACGAAAUUAGCGUAGGCGUUGGUAAAGACGGUGCUGGUUUUGGCUACGGUUAUACCACAGAUGAACGCGGUAAUGUCGGUGGCAUUCCAGGGCUUUCUCCAUUAGCCCUUGCUGAAGCCCAUGACGUUAGCGCAAGAGGUUAUGGAUACGGACAUGGUCACGGAGGUCAUGGUGGAGGACAUGGACAUGGCCAUGGUGGAGGACAUGGGCACGGGCAUGGUGAUGGACAUGGUCAUGGUCAUGGUCACGGUCAUGGUCAUGGUCAUGGUCAUGGUCAUGGUCAUGGACAUGGGCAUGGGCACGGACACGGACAUGGGCACGGUCACGGUCAUGGACAUGGACAUGGGCACGGACAUGGACAUGGUCAUGGUCAUGGUCACGGACAUGGGCAUGGGCAUGGACAUGGACAUGGACACGGACACGGACAUGGACAUGGACAUGGUCACGGGCACGGCCACGGCCACGGACAUGGUCACGGACAUGGUCAUGGGCAUGGUCACGGGCACGGUCAUGGUCACGGUCACGGUCAUGGUCACGGCCAUGGACAUGGGCAUGGACACGGACAUGGACACGGUCAUGGACACGGUCACGGUCAUGGUCACGGUCACGGUCAUGGGCACGGACACGGUCAUGGGCACGGACACGGUCAUGGGCACGGACACGGACAUGGUCAUGGACACGGCCAUGGGCACGGACACGGACAUGGUCAUGGACACGGCCAUGGGCACGGACACGGGCAUGGACACGGGCACGGGCACGGACACGGGCACGGACAUGGGCACGGGCAUGGUCACGGACAUGGACAUGGUCACGGUCAUGGACAUGGUCACGGGCACGGACACGGGCAUGGUCACGGACAUGGACAUGGACAUGGACAUGGACAUGGUCACGGACACGGUCACGGUCACGGACACGGACAUGGGCACGGUCAUGGUCACGGACACGGACACGGUCAUGGUCAUGGACACGGACACGGUCACGGUCAUGGACAUGGUCAUGGACACGGACACGGACACGGUCACGGUCAUCAUGGUUAUCAUCUUUAUGGUCGCUCCGGAAACGGAAUCAUCCUUCCUCAUUCCACCUUUGGUACCACAUACGAAAACUCUUACGCCUUCCCUAUUUCCGGAAGAUCUUAUGAAACACCACUUAACCUGGACUCCCAAGAAAUGGCCUAUUUGGAAGGCAUCGUUAAAAACACUUUCGGAAGCCAAUAUGUUCCUAUAGGACGUUCAGCUACAGGCGGAUUAGCCGGAUUUACAGGGCCAGCCGGACAGGACGUACCACUCACUCCAAUUGCCAAAUCACCUUGAAGGAAUGUGAUAUGCUGUCCCUGGUACAACCAGAGCAUCAAAUCUAAUCAUUUAAGGGUCUCUUCUGAGUGGAGGGUGCCUCAGACAGAUGACAGGCCCGCAGCCAGCAAAGAGCAGCAUGUACAUAAGUGGUCUUCCAUGUACAUACUUACACAUGUGCAUGCACGAAGUGCAUAAUGUUGUCAACUUUGUUGUCGCGUGCCAAGAGAUUGAAUGCUGUAUUGAAGCAUGGAAAGAAUAAAAUGUAAUUUAUGAACAUACAAA